UAAGCAGUCUUUCAAACGUUCACCAGGGGCCUCUUAUCUCGAACGAUGUAGGCUCUGAUUCAACUCCUUAUCCACUUGUCAUCCCGUUGGCAGUUCCUGUGACACCAAGUCCUUUCUUUCCUGAUGGAAAGAGAAGUCAGGAUUUGCACCACGAGAGCUGAUGCGGGUUCUGCUCAAUUGCGGUAUUUGCCGUCCGACAGUCUCGACGACUUGAAUUGAGUCGCGAGAUUUCAUUAGAGCUAAGUUUGUGAAGCCUUCUCCGCUCUAAAAAAAAAUUCCAGUGUCGAGCCGUGAAAUGGCGUCGCUAUCGUGUCUGGCAGCCAAUUCCGGCUUGAGUGGAAUCGGAGCACGGAAGCUUACAUUUGAGACCCAGUCACGCAGUGGCAGCAAACGCGAAUCCCGCGAGAGAAGAGGCAAAGGAUCAGUUAGUGUAAGAAAUGAGGCGGGGACAAAUGUCAAUGUUGAUGAUAAGCACACAUCUUUGCGGAGCGGGAACGACCAGCUGGAAAUUACUCGGGUGAUCAAUGGAAUGUGGCAGACCAGUGGAGGAUGGGGCAGAAUCGAACGUGAUGCGGCUGUGGAUGCUAUGAUGAGGCACGUGGAUGCUGGGUUCACGACCUUUGACAUGGCUGAUCACUAUGGCCCAGCUGAAGAUCUUUACGGGCUUUUCAUCAACAAAGUCAGGCGGGAGCGUGGAGACGAACUGGCGACCGGGAUCAGAGGGCUUACAAAAUGGGUUCCAUCUCCCGUCAAGAUGACAAGGGGCGUUGUGGAAGCAGCCAUCGAUCGCUCAAGAAAGCGAAUGGACGUGAACACUCUUGAUAUGCUGCAGUUUCACUGGUGGGACUACUCCAAUCGGGGAUACUUGGAUGCUCUCAAGCACAUGGCUGAUCUGAAGGAAGAAGGAAAAAUCAAGACUCUUGCUCUGACCAACUUCGACACCAAAAGGUUGGGCAUUAUCCUUGACAAUGGCAUCCCCAUCGUGAGCAACCAGGUUCAACAUUCUUUAGUUGACAUGCGACCACAACAAAAUAUGUCUGAAUUAUGUCAGCGUACCGGUGUCAAGCUGAUAACAUAUGGCACAGUUAUGGGGGGGCUGCUCUCGAAUAAAUGGCUCGAUGUAAAUGUUAACGUUCCUUUUAUGGGUCCUAAGUUGGACACUCCUUCCCUGGGCAAAUAUAAGCGAAUGGUCGAUGCCUGGGGAGGUUGGAGUUUGUUCCAGGAACUUCUGCGAACUUGUGAUAAGAUUGGAAGAAAGCACGGGGUUCCAAUCUCCACAGUCGCUGUGCGGUAUAUUCUGGAUCAGCCUUGUGUUGGUGGAUCCAUGAUUGGGGUCAGGUUGGGCCUCUCAGAGCACUUGAGAGAUUCGCAAGCAAUCUUCAACAUUCGGCUGGACGACGACGAUCGCCAGAGUAUCGGGAGAGUCACGUCCAAGGGCAAGAACUUGAUGAAUGUCAUUGGUGACUGUGGCGAUGAGUACCGCGGAUAAUUAUCCAUAACGGGCAGACGCAGACCGUAGGACCAUCAACUACAGAAGUCUCCCGCUUUUUAGGAUCUUCCAGUCGAAGAUGAAUGGGUAAGUCUAGCGCGCGUAGUCUUCGAUGUAAAAUAAGGAAUAUCUAACUUGUUGCGGCGUGUCAAGCAUAGCCUGGAAUCACACCCAAGCAGGAUCCCAAGCAAGUACCUGCUUAACGAAAUGAAAGUGUAGAUCAGUCACCAAAAACAGUGGUAUAUUGUCUAGAAUUUUAAGACUUUCUAAACUUUGAAAUAGACUCCCGGAAGUUGUAAUUUACAAUUCACAUUAUUAGACUUAGUUUACAUUUUAUGAAAGACAUUGUUUUAAGCAAUGCAUGGUAUAUCGAUACUAUAUAAAUUUAUAUGUAUAUUCCACUUCAUA